UCAGAUCCGACUGCUCGCCCUAUUCCAUCUCAUGAGUCAGUCAGAAACUCCACUGCCACAUGGCUGGUUAUCCAUUAUCCAUACUUACAAUUAAACUAUGGACGUGCCAAACCUCUGGUCUGGAGUAGCGGCGCAAAAGGAAACCGUCAGCGCUAUCUUAUCUCCUCCUGAACCGGCGGCGGAUUCCCCCCGUAUGUUAUCAAUUGCACCAACAAAUGACUAAACCUCGAGCCCCCCCGACGAUCUCACCAAUUCCCGGUAUAAGAAAGACAUGGCCGCCUCGCGUCCGUGUCUUUCCGACCGUGCUGGCAAUUGACCGUUCAACACCCCCUUGAAUCGAUACAAUAUGGCUGUCAAAGAGGCGGACCCUGUCUUGGAAGGGGGCGACGAUGUUGCCCUUGAGAACCUGGGGUACGAGCAGGAGCUCAAGCGGUCGUUUGGUCUGCUCGGCAUGAUCGGCUUCAGCUUCAGCAUCGUCACCUCGUGGACGGCGCUGAGCGGCGUGUUUAUCGUCGGCGUCGUCUCGGGCGGCCCGCCCGUGAUGGUGUACAGCUUCAUCGGCGUCUGUCUGCUGACGCUGGCCGUCGCCUUCCCCAUGGCCGAGAUGUGUUCCAUGUAUCCCGUCGCGGGCGGCCAGUACUCGUGGGUCGCUGCGCUGGCGCCCCCGAAGAUCGCCCGCGGGUUGUCCUACCUGGCCGGCUGGUUCCUGCUGAUCGGCGUGCUGGCCAUGGGGGCGACCAACAACUCGAUCGCGGCCAAUUUCGUGCUGGGCAUGGCGAAUCUGGUGUAUCCCGAGUAUGAGAUCACCCGCUGGCAGACCACCCUGGUCGCGUACCUGGUCGCCUUUCUCGCCGCGGCAAUCAACCUCUGGGGUCUCAAGUGGCUCAACCGGCUGGCCCAUUUCAUCCUCGUCUUCAACGUGGGCUCUUUCCUCGUCGUGAUGAUCACCUUGCUCGCCACCAACGACCACAAACAGUCGGCCUCCUUUGUCUUCACCGAGUUCGAGAACCUGACCGGCUGGGGGUCCGGCAUGGCCGCCAUCCUGGGCAUCCUGCAGUCGUGCUUCGGCAUGUGCUGCUACGACGCCCCUUCCCAUAUGACCGAGGAGAUGAAGUCGGCCGCCAAGGAAGCCCCGCGCGCCAUCGUCCUGUCCGUCGUCCUGGGCUGUAUCACGGGCUUUGCCUUUCUGCUCACCCUGUGCUUCUGCAUUGGAGAUCUCACCACCACCGCCGACACCAGCACCGGCGUGCCCGUCCUGCAGAUCUUCUACGACUCCACGGGCAGUAAAGUCGGUGCCUGCUUCCUUGCCAGCAUGAUCUCCAUCGUCGUCAUCGUCGCCAGCAACAACCUGCUGGCCGAGGGUUCCCGCACCGUCUUCGCCUUCGCCCGCGACCACGGCCUGCCCUUUUCCCGAUUCUUCGCCCGCGUCAACCACAAGAGCCAUGUCCCGGUCAAUGCCGUGCUCCUCACUCUUGCCGUGCAACUGGCCUUGGGGGCCAUCGACUUUGGAACCACCACCGGCUUUGAAACCGUCAUUGCCAUUUCCACCGAGGGUUUCUACCUUUCCUAUGCCAUGGCUCUGCUGAGCAGACUGCUCGGCUACUUCACCGGCCACGCAACCCACAUGACUGGCCCCUACGCCCUCCCACAGUCUCUCUCGCUGACCCUGAACUUCAUCGGCCUGCUGUUCCUGCUGUUCGCCUCGAUCACCUUCAACUUCCCCUCAGACUAUCCCGUCACCUCGACGGGGAUGAACUAUACCAGCGCCGCGGUUGGCGUCAUUCUCUUGAUUGCGCUCGUCACCUGGCUCACAACGGGCAGGAAGCAUUUCACAGGGCCUUCGCUCGUGAAGAACGACUGAUUGUAAUGAUAUAGUAGAUGUAUUUUACCUUAAUCCAGAAUAUUCCAAUCCAUUUCUCUAUACUGUUCGC